CCCAGGGGAGCGCUCCCCCCGGGCUCGUCCGUUUCCUAGCUAGGGAGCUAAGAAGCCUAGCUGUCUAUCCUUCGGUACCUGCACCCCUAGCAGCUCGGAGUUGGCUUCUGUUUUCCGUUAGCGCUUCGCUGCACGGACAAAUGCAUACAAAUGCAUUUAGGAGCCCACAGGACAAGGCGUGGAAAGGUCUCCCACACGGCAGAAACGAAACUGCUUCUUCAUUUUAUUGUGCUAUGUGUGGCAGGGGGUGCUGUUCAUGCACAAGAACAAGGCAUAGAUAUUCUUCAUCAACUAGGCCUUGGAGGCAAAGAUGUAAGACACUCAUCAUCAGUGACUGCAGUACCAUCAUCAUCUACACCAUUACCUCAGGGGGUCCAUGUAACAGAAUCGGGCGUCAUUUUAACAAAUGAUGCUUAUAUUGAGUCACCUCUCAUGAAAAUAUUACCAGUCAACUUAGAACAGCCGUUUACAAUAUUAAUUGGGUUGCAGUCACAUAAAGUAAACAAUGCGUUUCUCUUCAGCAUUAGAAAUAAAAAUAGACUGCAAUUAGGAGUGCAAUUAUUACCUAAAAAGGUAGUGGUAUACCUUGGAGGAAAGCAGUCUGUAUUUUUCAACUACAGUGUUCAUGAUGAGCAAUGGCACUCACUUGCCAUUACUAUUAGAAACCAAGUGGUCUCAAUGUUUGUUGAGUGUGGAAAGAAAUAUUUUAGCAGAGAGACUCUUUCGGAAGUUCAGACCUUUGAUUAUAACAGUGUGUUUACGGUAGGAAGUAUGAAUAAUAAUUCUGUCCAUUUUGAAGGAAUAGUAUGUCAGUUGGAUAUUAUUCCUUCUGCAGAAGCAUCUGCAAACUAUUGUAGAUACGUGAAACAGAAGUGUCGCCCUGGGACAAGCCUUCUUCAUACAACUAUUGGACCUGCUAAGACACCGGCAAACUCUGCCUUACCCAAACAAUUUGGUGAAAAAGUACUGUCAGAGGACACAUUUACUGAAGGCAAAAAUGUUCCAAAUAUCAUAAAUAAUGCAUCUGCCAUUGUGUCUAAACAACAAGAACACCAGAAACCAAGAUCUCAGUUAACUUCUCUUCAUUCAGGGAAUGCCUCUGCUAUGGACCUUGUGAACCAUGGGAUUCGGGACAAAGAAAUGAUCACUGAGGAACCUACUCGGACAAAUUUAAGCCUGUCAAUGAGUCAUCAUCUCCUCAGUGAGGCAAGAACAAAUAGAGAGGAGAAAUUUAAUUCUCUCUUAAAUGUGUCCAGCAAUAUAACACAACAUAGUGAUAGAGUGACUGGUCUGUCACUGUUUAAGAAGAUAUCAUCUGUUCUUCCACAUAUAAAGCAAGAUACAGUUACCAAUCUCAAGAAGGCUAUCAGAGCAAAUCUACACACUAACGAACUCAUGGAACUGCAACAGAUUUUAAAUACAACCUUAUACAGAGUGACAGAGGAGCCAUCUGUGGAUAAUCACCUUGGUCUAAGGAAGGAGGGUGAAUUUGAUCCUGAUGCUACUUAUCCCGUCGAAAAUAGCUAUGAAACUGAACUUUAUGAUUAUUAUUAUUAUUAUGAGGAUUUUAAUGCAAUGCUCGAUAUGGAGAAUCUGAGAGGGCCAAAAGGGGACACUGGACCUCCCGGCCCACCUGGUCCAGCAGGUAUACCAGGUCCAUCAGGAAAGAGAGGUCCGCGGGGCAUACCAGGGCCACAUGGAAAUCCUGGAUUACCUGGAUUACCAGGUCCAAAGGGCCCUAAAGGAGAUCCAGGAUUAUCCCCAGGUCAAGCUGUUUCUGGAAAAAAGGGUGAUCAAGGCCUUUCUGGAUUAAUGGGGCCCCCUGGCAUGCAAGGUGAUAAGGGUCUCAAAGGACACCCAGGGCCCCCAGGACUCCGAGGUGAACAAGGAAUUCCAGGAUUCACUGGUAAUAUUGGUUCACGUGGUUAUCCUGGCAGGCAGGGUUUAGCUGGACCAGAAGGUAAUCCAGGUCCUAAAGGUGCACGAGGUUUCAUUGGCUCUCCUGGUGAAGCAGGACAACUGGGACCUGGAGGAGAAAGAGGUGUUCCUGGGAUUCGUGGAAAGAAGGGUCUUAAGGGAAGACAGGGUUUUCCAGGUGACUUUGGAGAGAGAGGCCCUGCUGGUCCUGAUGGCAGUCCUGGACUUAUAGGUAGCAUUGGUCCUCCUGGAUUUCCUGGUCUUAGAGGCAGUGUUGGCCCAGUGGGACCAACUGGACCUUCUGGAAUUCCUGGCCCAAUGGGUCUUUCAGGGAAUAAGGGCCUACCUGGAAUCAAAGGUGAUAAGGGUGAACAGGGCAUUGCAGGAGAGCCAGGAGAACCAGGGUAUCCUGGAGACAAGGGAACGACUGGUUUGCCAGGACCACCAGGGAUGAGAGGAAAGCCAGGACCUUCAGGCCAAACAGGUGACCCAGGGCCCCAAGGACCAUCUGGCCCUCCAGGACCAGAG